CACUACUCACACACCUACUGUUCGAAGUUUUGCAAGUGCGGAAACAGCGCCCGUUGUCGACGUGGAGGGAGACUCAGCGGCUUGAGCUCGCGCGAUUUUGCCACAGUGGUGCUUCAUGCAGGACUGACUUGUUCGUCAGAGCUGUUCGCUCGAAACAGAAGCAAUGGACACAAGCGAGACACAGUCCUGACCUGGCCUGUCUGGGUUUCUUUCCCCCAAUACGUUCUCCUGUGUGGCCGCUGAAAUCAUGGAUGGCAGGAGCGAGUUCGGGCCUGUAACUCGCAGCAGAAGACGCGCCACUAUUAGCAGCACCAAAGGUGAACUACUGAAAGGGGCCAAUGGAGUCACCUCAGCCAGCGCCAGCAAACCCGGACACAAGAGACGAGGCUCACACACGAAGGACUCAGCGGAGGAAACACGAAAAAGUAGCCACAAUGAUAACAUGAAUUGCCACAAGCAGCAAGAGUCCUUGCUCAGUUCUGCUAGUGGCUUCAAAAAUUACAGAGGCAUUCUGAACUGGUGUGUUGUCAUGCUGGUAUUGAGCAAUGCACGUUUGUUCUUGGAAAACCUUCUCAGGUAUGGCAUUCUGGUGGACCCCAUUCAAGUGGUAUCUUUGUUCCUGAAGGACCCCUAUAGCUGGCCUGCUGCAUGCCUCAUCAUUGCUUCAAAUGUCUUUAUUCUUGUGGCACUGUACACCGAGAGGAAAUUAGCCAUGGGUACCUUCAGUGAGAAGCUUGGCCUGCUGAUUCACAUUAUCAACCUAACAGUUAUCUUGUGUUUUCCAAUGCUCACUGUGCUCAUAGUGCCUUCAGUAACACCAGUUGGUGGUGUGUUUGCACUGGGAAUCUACACCAUCCUGUUUCUGAAGUUGUACUCGUAUAAAGAUGUGAACAGGUGGUGCCGAGAGAGGCUGCAGGUGAAGGCCCGUGGUCUGUCCAGAUCAUUGUCAUGUCCAUCUCCUCCAUCGACUGACGGAGCAGUGUAUGUGUCUUACCCUGGAAACCUCACUUUCAAAGAUUUGUAUUAUUUUGUUUCCACUCCCACUUUGUGCUAUGAGCUGAACUUUCCUCGUUCUCAGUCCGUGCGUAUGGGUUUCCUGCUCAGGAGGCUGUUUGAGAUGUUACUUCUCACUCAGCUGUUGGUUGGCUUAACACAACAGUGGAUGGUGCCAAUCAUCCAAAGUUCAAUGAAGCCACUGCAGGACAUGGAUUACUCCAGAAUGAUUGAGCGCCUGCUCAGGCUAGCUGUACCCAACCACUUUCUCUGGCUGAUAUUCUUCUACUGGUUUUUCCAUUCAUCUAUGAAUUUUGUGGCUGAGCUUCUGAGAUUUGGAGAUCGAGAAUUUUACAGAGACUGGUGGAAUGCAGAGACUGUAACAUAUUUCUGGCAAAACUGGAACAUCCCUGUUCAUAAAUGGUGCAUUCGACACUUUUACAAGCCCUUGCUGAGAAAAGGUGCCAGCAAGUUAGUGAGCCAAUCAGCAGUAUUCUUCGCCUCAGCCUUUUUUCAUGAGUAUCUUGUCAGUGUGCCUUUGAGGAUGUUCAGACUGUGGGCAUUUAUGGGCAUGAUGGCUCAGCUCCCAUUGGCGUGGUUUGUGGGCAGAUUUCUCAGGGGUAACUAUGGAAACGCUGCGGUGUGGCUGUCUCUCAUACUAGGCCAGCCUAUUGCUGUUCUUAUGUAUGUCCAUGACUACUACGUCAUCAACCACCUGGAGGAAGCAGCAGAUCCAGGGGCACUGUAGAGCUGCAGCGAACCUGAGCCUCCAUCCAAGACUCUCAGCUGACAUCGCUGAAACUGCACCUUUUGAUAUAUUUCUAAAAAAACAAACAAAAAGUACUCUUUAUGGGGAACAAUAGCCGUCCAUUCUAAGGCCUGGAGUUCACUGGAUUUAACACUGAAAGUGAUGCCUUACUGAGAAAACAUUGGAUUCACUACCAUAAAAAUGUACUGUGUCUUUCUUUGUAGAGUUAAAUGUUAAAAUGCAAAGAACAUAUUUUUUUUAAAGAAUGUGUUUAAGUGUAAUUUAUAUAAUAUGAGGUACUUUUGCAAAGGGACAAAGUCUUGUACACAAACUGCCAUUGUAGAGAUUCUUUUGAUUUAUUUUACAUGAGAAGACAUUUUUAAUUUAAUUUUAAUCUGUUAAUUUUUAAUGGAGUGGAAUGUAGUUGUUUGUUUACCAGUGUAAUCUGCCCCACUUUGAGCUCAUGUGGGUGUGGAGUGAGAAUUCAGAUGCUUAAUUGUGUGAACUCAACAAAGUCAGGGAGUGCCACCUACUGGUGUCUCAUGAGACAUAUAAAGCCUUGUGAAUGAA